AAGCAAGAAAAACAAACAAUGCCUGCGCAGCAGGAGUCGGGCACCAUGAAUGUCCUUUACGUGACACGAGGUAUGCGUCACAGCAGCACCCCCUCAAUGCACAGCUCCUCAACCGGCAUCGGUGAGCAGGCGAAGCGGAUCAAGAGCUCCAGCUCCAAGGAGCAGCUGCUGCUGGUGGAGCAGCAGCCAAAGCAUGCCAAGCGUGUGACAUUCAGCAGGCAACAGAGACCUCAACAGACCACGGUCAAGGACAGUGAGAUGCAAACAGGACUCACAUCGUGCCUGAUAACAAAUCCCUCGCGCGAUCCACGCGCAGCAGGCGGUGCCAACAAUCCGGCGGAACGCAAAGUUGGCUGGUUGGCGCGCACGGACAGCGAAUGCCAGUUUAAGGCACCUGGCAUUGAUUUCCUCACCGAUCGGGAGACCGAUGUGCACACGUUCGAGGUGAAGAUGCGAGAGUCGUUGCAGAGCGUCAAGGAUUACACAACCAAGUGCGACUAUUUUCCCACCUAUGUGGACAAGCGACGCUACAAGGAUCAAACCACACAGACACUUUAUAGGGAAUCAUCGGCGCAGACUGUGGCCUAUUUGCCCGAUAUUAUGGACAAAGAGCAGGAUGAGCAUUUGGAGCUGUUCAAUCUGGCCACACUGCUGCCCGGCGACAAGCCACCGGGUCUAAAUGAGGUUGAAAUUUUGGAGCGUGCCCGCAAACGUUGGGCCUUCAACCAGGCACUGAAGACGAGCUUCAGGCGCCAGCUGCACGAGGCGCGGGAGAAGGCGAUCAAGAGUAAAUAUCGUCCCAUACUGGAGGCCUUCGAAUGGGAGCAUUGGAUGGAGCGGGAAGAGUAUAUACAGGAGUGUCAAAUGAUGCGACUGGAGAUCGUCAUACGAAUGUUUGACAAGCGCGAGAAGCAAAUGCAUGCGGAGUCCAAAACUCGGAUCGAGGUCGCCUGCGAGGGCAUCGAACAGAAACGCCAGCGAGGAUUGGCCAAGAACGAGGUGGAAUAUCAGCGGGCAAUGCGUCGAUUGCAGAUCAAGAAUGCGGGUCUAUCACGUCACUGGGUGAAACAGAGUCCCAUGUAUGCCCUGGGCUCACCCUGCUCCGAGUUCUAUGGACCACUCAUACGACAUGGUGUCGAUCCGGCACGACGCAGUUUUGUUGGCGAUGGAAGAAAAGCAUUCGAUAUGCGCAUCGAUGAUCUGGAGAAGCGUGUCGACAUGGAUAAGUUGCAGUGUCCGUUUACCAAAUUGAAGGAAUGGUCCAAGCCCAAGGAGUAUGUGAAGGAGUACGAGCAGAACUUCUGCUCCGACAAGCAUCUGCAGAAGCUUUAUGAGUCCCUGAAGACACUACGCUCGCAGGCAACCAAACAGAAGACAACGCCCAAGUGCCUGAAGCGACGACCCAAGCCGCCCUCCGAAGACGCAGAACGUCCAUCCUUCAACUUUGAGGACACGCCCAACAUUCACGAUUACUUCCAGGAUCGACGCAAGCUAUCCAGUCUGCAGUCCAAGAACAGGGAUUCGGUCUACAAGCAACAAAAGUUGGCCAUUGAGCAGCAUCUCGAGUACGAGGAGCAGCGCCGUCGCCAACCAAAUCUGGCCAAGGAAAUGUUGCGCGAACGACGCAAUGAGGAUCUGGAGCAACUAUUGCAUAUGUACGAGGGCAGCACCAUUGGCUGGAUUAUGCAAUUCCUAUCCGAGGAGAUGGAACGCCUCCAGGAGCAACGUAAACUCCACUUCUUCGCGAUCCUAACACAAAAGGAGCGGUGGCGUAGAGAGGCAGCCGAGGCCGGUCUACGCCAGAAGGAGAACGAUAUGCGACUGGUCUACGAGGAAAUGUUCCAGCGAUGCAAUGUGGUGCAUACCGAGACGGCUCGUGCAUAUAUCGAUACGAUAUUAACCACCGAUAUGGCCCAUAUUGCCGAAUGCGAUGCGGCCGAAACGGUUACGUUGAUGGCCAGACAAAUCGAUGCGGAUAUUCGGCGCUGGCUGGAGAGCUUCAAGCUAAUCCAAACGCCACUGACCUACGAAUCCCUACGGAAUAUGCUGCACAACAUGGUCGUGCCCGAUUUGAAUGUGAUGCUCGUGAAAUACGAAAAAGCCCUGACAGUCAAAUACAUUAUUGAGGAUGUGCUCUUUCCCCAAGUCUGGGAGAGUCUGGACUCCUAUGACAUAGCCAGCGUAAUUACAAGCGAUAUGAUUGAUCGCUUGACUGAUAACGAUCUGUUGCUCUUCUCCACGGAAAGCGAAGGCGAGGAGCCGCCCCAACGUGAAGCGGAGGCCAUCAUAAGAAAGCUGAUAAGGCAGGCGGUGCCAGGACGUCGCUGGAAGACCGCAACCGAGCGGAUUGUCCACGAGAAUUGUGUGACACUCUUUGAUGAUAUUUUCGCACAAGUUAUGGAGAGAAUGAAUGAGGAAUCGUCCGAUGAGCCCGUCGAUCUUCACUUGGCUUGCUCACGAGCGAGAAUUUCGCCCACAGAUAAGAUUCGUGAUAUCGAGUCGGAGUUACUCCGGGUAAGGGAACGCGAUACUCUCGGUGAUGGCGACUACGAUACGACAUAUGAGCGCACUCAAAUCCUUUCGCUGCUCAAGAAAAUGAAGAUCGAUAACAUCACUAAAGACCUGACUACGGACGAAGUAUAUGAUGACACUGGCACAAAGGAAAUCAUCGGUGGCUCUCAAUUCCUCAAUUUGACAGUGUUCAAUCAGGCGUCCGAGCAGCAAAUGUAUAAUGACCAAGUAUUUGGCAUAAUAAGCACCGCGGACAUUGGCAAGGAGGAGGAUUUCUCAACGUUGCAUUCAAAGCCCAGAGAACCGUCCGGCUCAUCAAGUCCACUUAGCAUUAUUGGCAUUGAUUUUGGUGAGCGUGAAACGCAAACGCGGCAGGAGGAUCAACUUAUUGGCGCCUUAAGCGAUAUAAUUUCGUAUGCUAGUGAUGAGGAAGGGAUCAUAGUCGAGGAGGAGAAUACCGAAUAUGAGGCGGAUGAUGAGCGCAGCUGGUGGAAUAUGCAAGUGGAAGACGAUGAGGAGAUGAAACAGGAGGCGAAGCAGGAGAAGGACGCGGUCUCAAGACUAACGCUGAUCGAUGAGAACGAUGAGAUGUUGCUACAAAACGCAUCUCGGAAGACCCUGAAUUUCCAGUCCAAGCUCGACACUGAGAAGCUAAGUGGCAUGAUCAGUGACUAUGAAUUGCAGCCAAUAACCGAAGACAUCAAUGAGUCCAACCUAAACAAACAACCAUCGCGCUUGCAAUCGAAACGCGAAUAAAUUCCCAUAUUAUAUUUUGUUAAAAAUGAUUUCAAAUUAAAAGUUAACUAGUUUU